GAUUCAUCAUUUUGCCCACCCCCGUUGAGAUGCCAUGUCCAUCGUCGGGCGUUUCCGGUUGAUUGUACCUGGUGCCACUGCCAAAGCAGCACCCAAACUGGGACAGGCGUUGGGACCCUUGGGGAUCAACAUGGUGAAUUUCUGCAAGGACUUCAAUGCGAGAACCACCAAGGUGCGACCAGAAGUGCCCAUUCAGGCCACGCUGGUGCCACGAACUGACCGCACCUACAAAUUCUUCAUUCGUUCGCCACAGGCGCCCUGGUUCCUGCUACGAUGUGCUCGCUUGCCAAAGGGCAGCGAUUAUGGAAACGGUGCGCCGGCUGUGGGGAACAUCACGUUGAAGGAGCUGUAUCAUAUCGCAAAAGCCAAAAGUAUGGAUCCGCAGUUCAUUGGAAUCCCAACCAGAACCAUUUGUCUCUCCCUGAUGCGCACAGCCAAACAGAUGGGUAUCAAGAUCACCCGGGAGCUGGAUCUGGAGUUUGCCAAACGCAAUGAUGAGCCAGUUGAAGGCUUGGAAGAGAGGAGAAAACAGCUGAGGCUGCUGAACAAGGCCUCCAAAAAGGGCAAAAAGAAGUGAGUGGUCGCCAAAAUGGCCUACUGGAUCCUGGACGUUUUCCUCUGCGAUGCUGAAAGACUUAGAUGUUUGAUUUGCCCCAGCAUGAGACCUGUGUGGCAGUUUCGUCACACAAGUCUUGCCGGACAAAGCUUGAAUCUGGAAAUGGUGAAAA